GACUUGAAGGCAUUACCAUUUCCAGUAGGAAUGAUACCCACAGGAUCAUCAAAUGGCAAUGCGAACGAACUCUGCGGAAAUGGCGACAUAGAAACUGCAGCUCUCUACAUCAUUACAGGAUGUAGGACCUUCAAGAACAUUGCCAGCAUCAGUCAAGGUGGCAAACAUCUGGGUUUUUGGGAGGUGAUCCUUGGCCACGGCUUUUGGAGUGACAUCAUGGGCGUCAUCGAAGACAGACGGUUGGGUUGGUUCCGAUAUACCCUUGCAGGGCUUGUAACAUUUCUGAGGUCUCGAAGCGAGUUCAAUAUUCGAAUCGAUUACUUGCCCUAUGACCCACCCACAGACGGAGGUGAUGUUGACAAAAGCAACGCAGAAACAGAACCAGUUUGGAAGACGAUAGAGGGGCGUUAUACCGGAUUAAUGAGCUUCCCUACUUUAGUGCGCCCUCAGAAGAAUACGCCGAAGUGCGUUUUUGACGUCAAUGCGGAGGCGAUGACGUUGUUGAUGGAAAAGCAGUGUGGGAGGUUGACGUUCCUCUCCUACAUGAACAAGUUGACUCAGCUGCAUACGGACACCUUCAGCUACGACUUCGUAACGACGUUACAGGUUAAGUCGUUCCGACUACGGGUACUUCCGACAGAAGGAGCAACUGAGCGAGAAAAGCGUCUGGAGAGGACCGUGAGCCUUGAUGGCGAACUACAUAAAGUAGAAUCAGGCGAUCUGGACAUUACUGUCAAACUUCAUCGUAACCUCCUGGAGAUGUUUGGGGCCGGAACUAUUGCAGAAGAGUGAGAAAACAUUAAUAAUAUCGAUGACCUCCCACGCACCAGUCAAAGCGACAACCGUCAAUGAGGAUUUGUAAUCAGACUCUUAUUUUUAGUAUAGGAUUUAAAAUCAGACUGUUAUUAGUCUCUGUGUCAUCUGUCAAGUUGUAUAUAUUGUUCAUUUAUGUUAAAUCGUGUAAUACAACAAUAAAAUUCUAGAUAUAUAA